AUGAAGGAGGUGACGGAUAUACAGUUUGCAAAUGUUGAUAAGUUCGCAGUCUGCAUGAUAGCAUCGUGGUACAUAUCUAAUAUUGGAGUAUUAUUGCUGAACAAAUACCUGUUGAGCCUCUGGGGCUUCAAGUAUCCAAUUUUCCUCACUAUGCUGCACAUGCUUUCCUGCUUAAUCCUUAGCGUUGUUAUCCGUUUGACAGGAUUAGUUCCUCGUCAGCACAUCCGAAGCAGACGGCAUCUGUUCAAAGUUUUUGUUCUUUCUAUCGUCUUUGUUGUAUCAGUAGUUGGAGGGAAUAUCUCACUCAGGUUCAUACCUGUAUCUUUUAAUCAGGCAAUUGGUGCAACUACUCCUUUUUUUACAGCGUUGCUUUCUUUGUGUAUAUUGAGGAAAAAGGAGACAGCAGAGGUGUAUAUAACGUUGGUACCUGUAGUAAUUGGUAUUGUUCUUGCAAGUAAUAGCGAACCACUUUUCCACCUUUGGGGAUUUCUUGCAUGUUUUACGGCUACAUUUGCGCGUGCCCUAAAAUCAGUGUUACAAGGCUUGCUUCUAACAAACGAAAAUGAAAGAUUGGAUUCUUUGAAUCUUCUCUUAUUUAUGUCGCCAAGUGCAUUAGCAAUACUAAGCAUAUCUAGUAAAAUAAUGGAACCAUUGGCAUUCGAAACGAUGUUAUCUAAUUGCAAGUCUAGCCGUAUCUUCGGAUUCGUGCUUGUCGUGAACUGUAGUAUUGCUUUCUUAGUGAAUCUUAGCAACUUCAUGGUUACAAAAUGUACAAGUCCUCUAACUUUACAGGUGUUAGGAAAUGCGAAGGGAGCUGUAGCUGUAGUUGUAUCUAUUUUACUUUUCCGCAAUCCAGUGAGUAGUACGGGUAUGAUUGGAUAUACUAUCACAGUCUUUGGGUAA